CAGUGGAACCGGAAGUAGAAAUGCAACCAUAUAGAAUGGCUUCGUUCAACCGUCCCUCAACCCCACCAAGUAAUCCUGGUUCAGGAAGGCCCUGGAUGGCUACGUCAAGCCCAAGAAAAGCUCUAUUUCGAUCACCGGCUGCCAUUGAAGAUACCCAGUCUGCAGAUCUACAGUUGGAUAAAAUGGAAGUUGAGCAGCUGACAGAGAACUGUGUGAAAAAUCUACAGAAAGAGAUCCACGAGCAGAGACUGAAUGACCUUCGUAAGAAGAUGGUUUGGCUGACGGAGACAGACUGGAAGUACAAGAGACCAGAGGAGCUGAUCGGUCUAGAGAAAUGAGCACCUUCUGUGAUGUCAGUGAGAAUGUCAUUGAGGACGUCAUUGACAAUGUCAUUCAUGGUGUCAUUCAAGGUGUUCUAGAGGUGAAGGUUGUUGCCCUUUCUCAUGUAGGGAGAGGGGAGGUACUGAAUUGUGCAGGUGGGGGAGGGGAAUGCAAA